UCUGUUUUUGUUUUGCUUUGGGCUGACAUUUCGUAAAGUUUGUCAAUCCCCCAGGCUGCGAUCAUGGAAAAGUGGCUAAGUGAAACCUUAUCCAAGUGCCUGGACUGUGUGGUCACGGAUCAAAUGAUGUCCACCAUUUUGGCGAUCAGAGAUGACCAAGAGUUCGACAACUACUUCGGCAAUCUGCUCAGCGAGGACAUCGAGGAGCAUCGCCUGUUUCUACACAACUGCCGCCGCAUGCUGCUCAGCGGCAAGCAACCACGCAGCAAUGUCAAAAACAAGUCACCCGUUACCACAAACGCGGCGCCCGUCCAACGGGCCGGUGGCGGAGUGGCCAAGAAGCAGGGUAAAUUUGUGAGCAUGUAUGCCGGCGAUGGUAAACUCAUGGGCGACACCAUUCUGCUGAAGGGGCGACGCAGCUGCGACUGUCAGGCGGCGGAGCACACGCUUAUCAACAAUUGCCUGGGCUGCGGGCGCAUUGUGUGCGAACAGGAGGGCAGCGGGCCGUGCCUCUACUGCGGUGAGCCGGUCUAUACCAACGAGGAGGAACAGCAGAUGGCGAAGGCCGCGGCGACCACGCGGGCCAAUACCAAGGGCCAGGCCAAGGCGCUGAAGAAGCAGCAGCCGACUGCAGCGGCUGGCAAGUGCAAUAAGGAAGCCUCGCUGCAGCAGGCGCUGGCACAGCGCGAUCGUCUGCUGGAGUACGACCGGAAUAGCGAGAAGCGCACGACAGUCAUCGAUGAUGAGCUGGACUACUUCCAGGAGAACUCCGUUUGGUUAACCGAUGCCGAGCGCGAGAAGUACGAACAGCUGAAGAGCGAGAUGCACGAAAUGAAGCACGGCAGCCGGCUGAAGCGCAAGAUCAAGGUGGACUUUGCUGGACGGGAACUGCCCGACGAAUCGCUGGUCAGCAAGGAGUACGAGCAGCAGGUGCUGCGCCAGCUGGCUGCUGUUAGCAAGGCUGCAGCCAUAGACCAGGGCAGCUCGCUAACCGGUCAAUCCGCGCUUGCGCUGGCGCCCAAUCUGGGUGUGGCCAAGCCGCCCGUAUUCAAGGCGAGCAAGGAGCAGAAAGCUUGGCCCGCACAACCUGCCAAUGACGGGCUUGAGCGCAUCUACAAUCGGGUCCAGGAUAAGGAGCUGCUCGAAAUGCAGGACAUGCGCCAGUGCCUGUCCAUGCACCAGCCCUGGGCAUCUCUCCUGGUGGCAGGCAUUAAAAAGCACGAAGGCCGCGUAUGGUACAGCGAGCAUCGCGGUCGCCUGUGGAUUGCCUCCACCGCCAAGGAGCCGCACGCCGAUGACAUCGCCCAAAUGGAGCAGUUUUAUCGUGUGCUCUACAAUGAUGAUAAUCUUAAGUUCCCAUCGCACUAUCCCACAAGCAGUCUGUUGGGCUGUGUGAAUGUGGAGAGCUGUUUGCCCCAGGAGGAAUACCGUGAUCUCUAUCCCCAGGGCGAAUCCGACAGUCCCUAUGUGUUUGUGUGCAGCAAACCGGAACAGUUGCCACUGCUGCUGCCAGUGCAGGGCGAGCACAAGAUCUAUGAGUUGCCGCUUAAGACGCACAACGCCGCCUGCAAAACAAUGCUGCGUGCACGCGCCGUCAAAGCCUGUAACUUUUCGCUGCAGUGCCAGCUGCUGCGGCAGUUUCUGGUGGAUGCGGCGCCGGGCGUGCAGGUGUCCUGCCGUCAGGGACGACGCGGCUCCUUUGAGGUGAGCAUAGACGAUCAGCUGGUGCACUCCAAGCUGGCCAGCUUGGCCUUUCCGCAGCAUCAGAGCGUGCUCGACCAGGUGCAGCGGGCGGAGCGCGGCGAGCCGCUCGAAUCAGUGCAGGCGGCGCCCAUCAAGGAUUGGUGGACCCGUGUGGAAGCGGAGCACCGCAAAGUCGGCAUUGUCCGCACAGGGCGUGAGAAAGUAUUGCGGCGUCUGCGAUUUGUCCAUGAGAUCCGGAUAGAAUAUGUUAAACUUGUAGCCCUGCACAAUCUUUGGCGGCGGAUUGUCCAUGUCGUAAUGCGUCUGAUUGUAUUUGUUCCACUCAAAGCCCGUGUGCACGCGAUUAAAGUAGCGCGGCUUGCGUGGCCGAUACUUAUCGGUGGCCAGCUGAGGCACUGCAUCCAGUGUGGUCUCCACACUGAACUCAGCCUCGUCGCCCUGCAUGCCCUUGCGCGCCUCGCCGCGCAUUCGCAGCUCUUGCGGCGUCAGCAUUGCCAGGUCAACGCGUUCCGGAUGCACGAACAGCAAACGCUGGCGCUGCACGCGCCGCUCAUCAUCGCUGUCCGCGUACAGGCCGCCAUCGAUGUUGUCCUCAUCGGCGGCGGUCAGACGGCGACCGCUGAACUCUUCCUCGCCUCCCUUAGCGGGCUAUCAAAGUUGUGCUCGUCGGCCUCUGAUGUCUCCUGUUGCUGGCCAGCCUCUUCCUCGUGCUGCUCCUGCUCUUCUUGGUCCGACUCUUGCUUUAUGGACAGCGAGGCUGAUGGUGAGACGAUCUCAACGACAUUUGGUGGAUCGUUGUCACGCUUCAAAAGCUGCAGCUUCUCGCGCAGCAGUGCCUGGUGGCAAUCACGCAGACGAGCACGUGCCAUGUGCGCCUUCAGCUGCGAGAAAGUCCAUGUGCUUGCCCUGCUCCAGCUCCUCGUACACCUUGAUGUCAACCAGCAGAUCCUCCAGCUCAUCUAUGUUCAGGCCGUGCAGCAGCAUGUAUGGCUCGUGCAUUUGCAUCUCCAGGGCAUCCUCCAGUUCAGCCUCUGUGUUGGUAGCGGAUACGUACUGGGCAAGCAGAUCGAUUGGUUUGGCGCGUCCGUCGCGUAUGCGAAUCUCGCUGCGCAGACGCGCCUGUUCCAGGUGGAACUGAUCCUCAUGACGCUGCCACUCGCGGAAUUGAACCGCUUCCUUGGCACGCUGCUUUCGCGACGAUUCUCCAGUUGCUUCUGCAGCGACAGCACUUCGACCGUCUUGCUGGAUAGAUUGGACAGACCCUCGACCUCGAGUUUCUUGCCCCAGUGGAAGGUGGAGGUCAGAUUGGAGUCGCCGAAUGGAUUGUCCUCGUUGGAAUACGUUUGGUAUUCGUUGUCCCAGCCCAUGCGCUGGCGUCUCCGUUGCUCUUUGGCCUGCUUUUCGCGCAGGCGACGUGCACGCUUCUCCUCGGGCGUUUCCUUGGCCUUUAGCUCCUCCUUUAAACGCUGGCGUUCCUGCUGCUCCCGCAAGCGGCGCUCUUCCAGCGUUUGCAGCAGCUUUAUUGAAUUCAUUUCGGGACUGCGUUUACCUGCUGCCCUUUCGCCUGCAACGCGAUCUCGCUGCUUGGGCGCUGAUGCGGACGACGAAGCUGAUCAUCUGAUUUUGAUAAAUAAUUACCGGUUGUUUUUCAAGUUGUGGACGGCCAUAAAUACCGCUGAAGCUAUUAACCAAUGCGCAAUAAUGAGCGAAUACACGGCGGAGUUCAGUGCUGCAGAGCAGGCGCUGAUCGAUAAAGAGUUUUCCAGACUUGCGGAUAGCACCUACCUCGACCAUGCGGGCACAACCCUCUAUGCCGAAAGCCAAGUGUCAGCUGCAGCCCAACAGCUGCAACGCGAUGUUAUCUGCAAUCCGCACACCUGCCGCGCCACCGGCGACUACGUGGAUCAAGUGCGCUACAGAAUCUUGGAGUUUUUCAAUACGAGCGCAGACGACUAUCACGUAGUUUUCACGGCAAAUGCAACGGCUGCACUGCGUCUGGUGGCCGAACAUUUUGACUUUGGCAAAGAUGGAAAUUUUCACUACUGCCAGGAGAAUCAUACCUCGGUGCUGGGCAUGCGUCAGCUGGUAAAGGCCAAGCGCAUCUAUGCACUAAACAAAGAUAGCAUUGUGCUUAACGAUGUGGAAGGGCCAGUAGCUCCAGCUGCAGCGACUGGAGCAGCACAUGGCAACUCGCUGGUCGUGUUCUCGGCUCAGUGCAAUUUCAGUGGCUACAAGCUGCCGCUGACUGUCAUCGAAAAGAUACAGAGUCGUGGCAUGCAGCAGCUGGGCAAGUGCAUCUGGACAGAGCCGGCUGGAGAACGCGUGAAUAACACGAACAACAACAAUUAUUAUGUGUGCCUGGAUGCCGCCUCCUUUGCCGCAAGCAGCCCGCUUGACUUGCAGCGCUAUCGGCCGGACUUUGUGUGCCUUAGCUUCUACAAGAUCUUUGGCUAUCCGACGGGCGUGGGCGCCCUGUUGGUAAGUAAGCGCGGCGCGGAUGUGCUGCGCAAACGUUUCUAUGGCGGCGGCACCAUCAACUACGCUUAUCCACACACCAUGGAGCAUCAGUUGCGCAGCACAUUUCAUGAACGUUUCGAAGAUGGAACGCUACCCUUUCUGUCCAUUGUGGAGCUGCUGCAGGGCUUUCGUACGCUGGAACGCCUGGUGCCCGGCCGCAGUAUGGAACGCAUUUCAAGGCAUGUGCAUGGCUUGGCGCGCUACUGUGAGCAGCAGCUGAAGCAGCUGCAGCAUCCCAACGGCGCACCGCUCGUCACGCUCUAUAAUCAUGCCGGCUAUGGUGAUCUCGCCAAGCAAGGCGGCAUUGUGGCCUUCAACGUGCGCACCGAUGCUGGCGAUUAUGUGGGCUUCGGUGAGGUGGCCUGCGUGGCUGCACUGCAUCGCAUACUGUUGCGCACGGGCUGCUUCUGCAACUUGGGCGCCUGCCAGCACUUUUUGCAAUUGAAUGAUGAUACAAUGGAUGCCAUUUAUAAGCGCGCCGGCCGCAUCUGCGGCGAUUACUAUGAUUUGCUGGAUGGACAGCCGACGGGUGCGGUACGCGUCUCCUUUGGCUACAUGACACGUGCCCAAGAUGUUGAGCGCUUGCUGCAGAUGCUACGCGCCAGCUAUAUACACAGCAAGCCGCAGCAGCGAUUCAGCUUCAUUGAACAACAGGCGGAGCUGCUACCCAAGGUGCUGCAGCAGCGGGCACAGCGUUUGCGGCCACGCUUGCUGCAGUUGGCCAUCUAUCCGGUCAAGUCAUGUGCCGCGUUCAAGAUCGAGCGGGACGCCGUUUGUUGGCCCUUAACUCAUCAGGGACUGCAGUACGAUCGCGAGUGGAUGAUUGUGGACAUUAAUGGCAUGGCGCUAACCCAAAAACGCUGCACGGAUCUCUGCCUGGUACAGCCACGCGUCGUUCGGGAUCAACUGGAGCUGCACUUCUGUGGCGCGAAUUCCGAGUCCUUUUGCUCCGUGCCCCUCUCGCUGAGCGUUCAGGCCGCCAACUCGGCACGCUGUCGCAGCAAGGUCUGCCGUCAGCCCAUUGAGGGUUACGAUUGUGGUGAUGAGGUGGCCACUUGGCUAAGCCAGCAGCUCGGCCUGGAGGGGCUUCGGCUGCUGCGACAAUCGGCACAGCGCAGCGCACCGGGCUCGCAGCAGCAGCAGCUCAGUUUGGUCAACCAAGCUCAGUUUCUGCUCGUCAAUCGCGCCUCGGUGCGUUCGCUGCAGUUCGAGGAGGCGCUGGACGAGACAGUCGAUCGAUUCCGUGCCAACAUUGUCAUUGACACGGGCAUGCCCUUCGAAGAGCUGGCGUAUGCGCAGCUGCGCAUUGGCGAUGUCCUCUUCCAGGUGGAUGGUCCCUGUCAGCGCUGUGACAUGAUCUGCAUCAAUCAGCGCACCGGCGAGCGUUCUCCCGAGACGCUCACGACCAUUGCCCGCAUGCAGAGCGGCAAGAUGAGGUUCGGCAUCUACAUCUCGCGUGUACCCAGUGAAUCGGACGAUAAACAGAAGCAGCAAUUGGCCUGUGGAGAUGCCAUUGAUGUUAGUUAGUCAUUUGAAUUUGUUAAAUAUUUGAAAUAUGCAUCAUAUACAGGCAUUCCAAAAGAUAUGUUUAAGUACAAAGUAAUUGUAUACCGUCUGUUAGCUUGCCAGCAUUAUAUACUGAAGUGUGGAUAUUUUAUCGGUAGCAAA